AUCCCGACCAGGCUACUUUGUCACCAGGACGGCCAGCGGUCAGUUGAGAAUCGCAUAACUCCGCCUCGCGCUGCGUGCAUCGCUCCGAAGCGCUCGCGCAUCACUGCUUGUGGAAAAAUAGCCUCAAACGAGAGAUGGUGCAAACGCGCCGGCGCGCGCGACAGCGCGGCGCGGCGCUGCUGCGGUUGCCGACCGACGUCUUGCAUAAAAUAGCCACGCAUACCGCGGCGCCGGGGCUCGUCGUCGCCGCGGGGACGAAUUUGGAAGCGCGGACCGCGCUACGCAAAGGCACGGACGAGGCCGAGCGCUCUCGGUUCGGAGGCAUCGGGAUGACGGUCCGCGAAGCAGAACGGGUGCUCCGGACUCGCUAUCCGCACAUCUUGGGCGAGAGCGACUUGGCGUCUCGAAGGGCGGCCGGUCUGGCGCUCACGACGAGGUCCAAUGUAAAUGUAGUGGAUGGGCCCCUACUGGGAGGAGAGCCGGCAGGAGGAGAGCCGCGCAUUUACCAGGGAAUGGUCGAAGCUUUGCUCGCGUAUGGCGCAGAGCCCAGCGUGCCGGAGGACUCAGACUUUGGGAACACCCUCCUGCAUCUUGCGUAUGUAGCGGACGACCCGGUCGCGCUCGCGCGGCUGCUAAUCGCAGCCGGCGCAAAUAUCAACGCCCGCACUCUUGCUCCAAAUGGCGCAGGCUUGACGCCGUUGACCUGGAGCAUAGAAUGCGGGGAGGGACACCAACCAUGUUACGACGUGGCGGUCUUCUUAAUCGAGCAAGGCUGCGACGUCGUCCAGGCCGAGGCCGAUUACGCGUGUCAGUACAGCAAUGGAAGUCUCGUCGACCUGUUGAAUGGCUUCGACAGAACGGUAGAAAACAGGCACCUCGUGGAUCUGAUCACCACGGCGCUCGAAGCGGCAGGACCGGAGCGCCGCCGAGCGGCGGAUGAAGCGGCGCGUCAGUAUUCCGCUGCGCACAACACGGAAGACUCGGAAUAUUAUUGACUCGGAUGGCGAGCUGAUACGAUAGGCGGUGGCGUAACAACUGCAUGUGUAUUAUGUAAGUACACUAG